CAGCUAUACUCCCAGCCUUCCUCAGCCGUAGUCGCUCCAAUGCUUUGGCCACCGCGUCGUCGGCAGCGGUUGCCAUCUUGAAGUGUGUCGCUUCAGAUCAUAGCGCAACAUCACCAACUUAUGUUGCUUAAAGCAACUUAAACCACUAACCCCCCAAAAUCAAGGCCGACCACCAAAGCGCCGAGUGAUGGCAGAUCGGGCGGAGUCGGCGGACGAACGCGCGCUGCGCCGCGAGCUACAGGAACUAGCCAAGAAGCGAGAGGUGCUCGACAGCUCCAAGCGUCGAGGAAGUGGAACAUCAUCGAAAAGCGUAGCAGGUCGGCGUAACGUACUUGCACGACUCGGUGGCGAGCCCACACGGGCAGGAGGCGGCCGACACGUUGUUCAGCUGAAGGAAAACAGUCGGGGUAACGCCUCGAGGAGACCGGGAAAACGCGAUAGCGAGGACAACAAUCAGAAUAAUGCCGCGAAAAGACAGAGACUGCAUUCCGCAGUAACGAGGCCGGAGGGUGCUCAUCACGAAGAGAAAGCAGAGACUAGCAGAGCUUCCACUUCAGCUGCUUCUCCCUCUGCAAACAGCGCUCGUACACAGGAGAGGAAGCAACGCGCUGUGGCGCCGUAUGCACAGAAGGAAGGCAUUGCACGUAGUAGACGCAUGUUUGGCGCAUUGAUGGGCCAUCUAGGCAAGGCAAAGCGGCAGAUUGAGAAGGAUACCGACUUGUUUAAGCGCCAAGACACGAAGCAGCAUGAAGCUGAGCAAAGAGAGAAGUUGCAGAGCCAGAACCUUGAAAUCCAGGCUCGUCAUGAAGCUGAGGUGGCUCGAUUGGAGGCGCUUAUAGUGCGAACUGAGCUUGAUAGAAGCGAACAGAUAGCACGGGCCAAACUAGAGCACUUGCAGAUGCUCCGGAAGAGCGAGAGCCAAUCCAAGUUCUUGGUUACUAUUGCAUCUCCGCCGAUCUAUUACCUUCCAGCAAAGCACACGAAGGAGACCAAGGAGCUGGUUGCUGCGUCGAUGGAAGCUCAUGAAGCCAAGAUGAAAGCGAGUGUCCAGACUCACGAGGAAAAGCUACGGAAGCUGGAAGCGGAGUUUGUGACGAAGUUGGAGAAGCUCCGUGAAGAUUUAGACGGUUUACGCGAGGCUGAGAAGGAGAGGGCAACAGAGAAACGGGUGAAGAAGGAUGAUGUGGUGGAUGAAGACAUGGAUCAUGUCAGCAAAGAACCCGAGGAGGAUAGGAAGGAGGGGGAUGACAGUGACGAGGAGAUGUCCAAUGGCUCACGUAAAGAUUCGACUAUGGAAGUUGAAAACGAGGACGUGUCUGAAGAACAUGAUGCUACUGAAGCAAGGAGGAGUGAUGAUGGAGAAAAUAAUAACAAAUCUGCAGACACGGAGGUUAAAGGAGAGAAGGGUUCAUUUCCACGCAAAACAUUGAACGGCGCCAAAGUGGCUCGCAGCGAUACAGAGACUUCAUCUCCCAGUCGAGUGAAGGAGGAUGAGAAAACGGUAGAGCAGAUAAAGGAGAAAUCAGAGCGCCCGGAACAGAGCGAAGAGGCUGCUGUUACGAAGGAGAGCGCGUCAAAUGGUGACAGUGCGAAGAUGGAGAAUAAUAACGUCAAUGCUGAAGCACAUGCUGAGUUGAAGGAGGACCCGGCGGUCGAUAUCGACAAGAUGAAGGUGACCGAGCUGCGAGCGGAGCUCAAAAAGCGCGGGCUCGACACCAAGGGGCUCAAGGCCAAACUCGUGCAGCGACUCAAGCAGGCGAUGCAUGGAGACGACGAAUCCAAGUAGUUUCGUAUUUAUGCUGGGCAUACACGACAAUACACCAGACUUUGAUACCUGCACGCAAUCAACGCUGUCUUGCCUCUCACAAAAUGCUAAAACUUGAAAAAAAAAAAUUGGUGAACAUCAA